GUUAAUGGAUUGUAGCAUAAACUUACAUGCAUAACUGCUUCUGAACCUCGUUGUUGAUAAAGGAAACAAUGAAAUCAUUUAUCUUUCAGCGUCUAAACGGUCUUGACGACUUUUCUGUGAACAGAACAAACUCUCAAGGAAUCAUCACUCGCGGCUGAGAGGGUCGAUUCAGUCUAACUGUGAUUCAAAGAUAAAAUCACACCCAUCAAAGGUAAGCAUAUUUGCGUCGCACAGUGAUUCAAAGAGACUAUCAUACGUGAGAGUGAAAACAGUGUAUUUAAGCUAGAGUUUUUCCAGACCUAGGUUAUUAUAGCUAGCUAAUUCAAACUACAGAACUGCUUCAGGUUAAUCAAUUUGCUCAAAACUACUCAACACUACACCUUAACCAAACCAAUUUACACCCGCAAUCACACACACUACACCGACUAUAUCGAACCAACGACCUACACGUACACUGAUUAUAUUAGUCUACAAUAAAUAAGUCAACCACACCAUAAGUGUUUAAAUUUAGAGACAACAUUGGUUACAACUACAUACAACAAAACCUAGCUACAAAAACCAUGAAUAAAACAGCAAAGUACAUAUCCUUCAGCUACAACAAUUCCAAUUCCAUCGCAAUUUGGGCGUGCAAGCGAAACCUUGCACUUCAACAAAUUCAAAUCUUGUAUUAAUACUAAAUAUAAACGAAUGCUUACAUCAAACCAAGUAAACUAAAUACUUAACAACGUUGUGAUGUUCUCUGUAGCUCUGAUGGGUCUCACAAUUUGUCAGUUACCGAAACAAUUUUAUGCCAAAUACACGAGAUAAUCAAAUAUUAUUAUCAGCGCAAGUUACAUGAUCCCAUUAUCCAUUAUCCUUGAGAAUUCAAUUUCAUCGAAGACUGAUAGAAUGCAAUCGCACAGACUUGAAUACAUUUGCUCAAGUAAAUGCUAACGUUUACCAGUUACGAAAGAAUCAUUUAUGAACCAAAUCCUAUUCAGUAAACAGUUAAGAAACUAAUUAACAUAGCGUAGACCUUCAUAAUAAGUUUACCCAAUUAUUGUGGCUAAUUGCAGGAGAAAGGUAAUACUUUCCAGAGAGUUAAACCAUUAUAAUGUCUUGCUGGCUGGUAAUUGAUAUCAACUCAAAAUUUGCUAAAAAAAGAUAAAAAAUAACUCUCAUUUUCCUGCGUGGGAUUUUGAUUCUAUUUAAAGUUUCUGGCUGGGAAAAUAAUCCUUUUCGUUCAGGUUGGCUGGCAGUGAAGAAAAGCCCAGCGUUCUUUUUGUUCCCACGAAGAUUAAUUGUUAACCAAAUAUCACACAAUAUUUCUUUAGAUAAAAUAUACUUUGCAAGAAUCGUUAAUAAUCGAUUAGGAUCGGUCCUAAAUGAUAGUCAGUACAUUAAGCAAGUAUGCAACAAAGCAGUGUUUAUAACAUGCGAUAAAAUACCUCAGUACUUCAAGUAAAUGUAAAUGUAAUGUAGUCGUGGAAACGAACACAAUUCUGCACAAAGAACUCAUGAGUGACUGUAAUAACACGACGAAAAAUUUCAGAUGUUGCGAUACGAUCGUCACUUUCCUCUUAUCUGUUAUUGAUAUAACAAGGCGAAGGAACUGAACUGAAAAGUGAAAUGAAAGCAAAGACUGUAGCUAAAAAUUUGACAUUAAUUCUACACGCGUUAAAUAGCUGCAACAUUGUCUACAAAGAAAUUCUAGUUUGUGUUUUAACCUCCGCCCAUCAUAAAUUUUAAGGAGUACGAAAAAGUGGGAAAAUUGAGCAUCUAUAAUUAAAGUCACAUUCCAGUUCUUUAACUGUACUAGGUCUAUUUUUUUCUGUUGCAAGAAAAUCUCGCGCAAAUCCAAGCAAAAGAAUUGCCAAAAGAAGCAAAUGUGUCUGCCAUUUUGAAAAAAAGCAACCAGGCUCGCAGUCGGUGCAACAAAAAAAAAAAAAAAAAAAAAAAAAACAAAACAAAACAAAAAACAAAAAACAAAAAACCAAAAAAAAAGACCAGGAUGGAUAGAGAAGAGGCGGUAAAAUAAUUUAUAACUUUUAUCAGGAGCCCAUUACCCGGAGCUUCCAUCUUCCAUACUUACCCUUUGAGUCAACCCUCUCCCGCUUCUUUUUAUUUUUAGAAGCACCUCCCACGGAAUUUUUCGCGGGUGUUUACAUAAUAGCCAAUCAUAAGAGAGCUGUAGUCCUCUAUUGUUUAUGUCACAUGCAGGCUGCACGAAAGUAUUUCAAUAAUGGCGAAAAGCGCGGAAAAUUUACCAUUCAUUUUUUAGGGUGUUGCCCGAACGUCAGCGUGUUUUCGCGGGAAAUUAAAGAACCCCCAAAUAUAUCACUUCUAAAAAUAAAAAGAUACGGGACAGGGUUGGCUCAAGGGUACAGUUGGUAUGGAGGCUCCGGGUAAAGGGCUCCUGCUUUUAUGUAGUUUGUUGGGAGGUAAAAACGUAUUUGUAACGACAAUUUGUUCCAAACAUGACAAGUAAGUAUACUGAAUGCUGCAUAUGGAGAGUAGACAAACAAAGGAAUGUCUAUAUUCAAUAGCGGCUGAAGAAAAUCUAUGUAAUUAGGCAUAAUCCUUACGUACCGUGAACGCUUGACACUACAGCCCGCAAUUCUGGAUACCUCUGAGCAUGCUACUACGAGUUUCCGCUGAACUGCCUCUUAAAAUAUCGCGGGAGCAAAAUGUCAUUAGUUGUAGCUAAAUUUCUCCCAUAUUUCUGGAUGAAACCCUCUGAGACAAAUUUUAAACAUCAAAGUUGUCGAAGGUAAAAGUAUAUACUCAGGAGCAUUUUAAGUACUUCGGUAUCUUUGUGUUUGGAAAUGAAUAAAAUAAUACAUUAUCGUAACCCACGCAGGAAAAAUGUCACGUAAAAGCUGUUUCAGUUGGUCAUCACCAAUUUCCUUUAUGACCUCACUUUACAUCUAGACUAAUUGUUAUUUUCUUUUACUGUGUGAAAAUAGUCCAUUCAACUUUGAAAAAUACUUACUUUAUUAAUUUCAUUAAUACUUACUUUAUUAACUUUAUUAAUUUUGAUUGAGAAAUACUUUCUCCUAUCGCGAAUUAGACCAGAAAAACAGAUAUUCGGUAAUCAGACCUUGUGGAAAGUUAUAUUCCAAUUAGACAAACGAAAUAACGCAAGACAACCUUUCUCUUUAUGUGAUCUGAUGACGAUGGACAAGAAUUGACGGCGCAGUAACUGUCUCCUUUAUAAACUGACGAACAAAGUUUCCUAAUAUCUAUUCCGGCUCGUAUUCCAUACUGCAGAGUAGUUUUUAAAAGUGUACACGGAAUACAGACAUAAUCAACUUGAGUGUUAGAGAAAUCCUAAACUUACUUCUAGCAUCUAAUUGCUUAAUAAAACCGAUGUUUAUACAUUCAAACCAAGGUAAUCGCUUAAAAAUUGUCUCUUUUCUUUGCAGUGCAAAAUCAUCAUCAUGUCUGAACCUGAGUCAAUUUUUCACGAUGUGACCGUCAUUGGGGCUGGUUGGUCUGGGUUAAUGGCGUGUAAGUACAUGCUAGAGUUUGGACUGACUGUUACCACCUUAGAGAAACGUUCAGAGGUUGGUGGGCUGUGGUGUUACUCAGAGGACCCUAACAUUGUCACAGUCAUGCGGAAAACGAAAACGACUUCGUCGUCAUCCGUGACAGAAAUGUCGGAUUUUCCAAUGCCGGAGGAGAUUGGAUACUUUCCUAAGCACGCCGACAUCUUCACCUACUUGAAAUCCUACUGCGACAAGUUUAAGUUGUGGCCUCACAUUCAACUGAACCACGGGGUGAAGUCAGUAGAGAAGAGAGAAAAUAUAUGGCGAAUUGAGUGCGAGAACGGAAGCCUGUUCACUAGCAAAUUCUUGAUAAUUUGCACAGGCUGUGUACAGAAGCCUAAUCGAGUUCUGGAGCAGACUCUCCUUAAAGAUUUCGCUGGCAAAAUUUACCACAGCUCUGAGCUCAAGUCAUUUGUCCCUGAGCAUAAAGGCAAACGAGUGAUGCUGAUUGGUGGAGGCGAGACUGCCAGUGACGUGGUUGAAGAAUGGUGUGACAAUGUUGAUCGCCUUAUAUGGAGUAUACCUCGAGGGAUGCAUUUCUUCCGUAAAUUUGCGAAGAUUCUGCCGAACCGACAGCCUCAAGUCCUGGACAAGGCUUCAUCUCGUGCAAUGAAAUUCGUCGCUCCUUUCACAAAGGGAAAACCAGGUAAUCCCAGUAACUAUUAUGUCAUGUUACUGAGUUUAAGUUUUCUUUCUUGAGUUUACAGAUAAUUGUUCCUCGGCACAAAUCAGACUGGAGGAGACAUGGGUGCCAAAAACUGAUGAUUAAGCAAAAUUCGAAUUCUGAUAAGACAGCGCUGAUCAGCAGUGUUAAUUAAUGUGGCUCUAAACUUGUUCGUAAUUUUUGAACCGGCCAAUCCUUCGCUUGAGUUUUGAUAACUUUUCUGACACAAGAACAUUACAUAAUAAUACCAUAGCCUCUAAAAAUAACAAUUGCAAGUUAGCAAUAAAAAAAAAGCAAAACAUGGGAACUCGUUUUUUCAGGUAUAGACACAUUAAGCUAAAAUUCAGGGUGUUUUUGAGAGAGUCUAGGCAGUGCUUCCAGGGUAACUUUGUUUAUCAGUAAAGAAAUAAUUACUUCUUGACAAAUCAUUGAGUAUUUUUAAGGACCACUUCCGAGAAAACAAACGAAAAAGAGAAGAAGCCACCAUCCACUAUAGACUAGGUAUAUUAAAAUGGAUAUAGUCCGAUUUUAAACGGCUGUUGUUCUUUUAAACACAAAGAGGGUUUAUACAAAAUUCAGAGUAAAAUAGAUCCAGGGGAUGAUGGUCAACAGUUAUGUAAACAACUGACCUGUCUAUAACUUAAUUACGACUGGUAUUUGUCUCUACUCACGAUGGAGUAAAUUUCGGAUCGAUUUGGGAACGGACAUAGUUGACUUCAAGAUACAAAGUGUUGGUUGGUCGCACUGGGUGCUAACUUAUUCUCUAAUUUUAAAUAUUACCAUUUGUCAUAUUUUUGCCUCACAAUAAUGUUGGUCCUCCUUUCCCUUGCAGGGCUAGCAUGGGUAUGUAAGUGGACGACGAACGGUUCACUACUCGCCUAUCAAGGUCAUGGUAUAUCCGAGUGGAAAAAUGACGCCAAAUUUUUCCAUUCUUUCAUCAACAAAAAUGGUCACGUGCUUGAUAGGGUUGAUUAUCACCACUGUGUUCCAAAAGGCGCAAUUGAGAGCGUGAAAGGUACCAAAGUACAUUUCUGUGAUGGCACAGAAGAGGAGGUUGAUAUCAUCAUUCAGUGCACCGGUUUCAAGGCAGAAUUUCCAAUGCUCCCCGCGGAAAUAAAAACGGUUCCUCUUACCCACAACUACAAGUAUCUGUUUAACGUCGAGGACCCGACAUUGGCUUUCAUCGGAUAUGUUCGGCCGGUGAUCGGAUCAUUAAUCACGAUCGCCGAGGUUCAAUCUUUUUUUACCGCGAAAGUUUUCUCAGGACUGUGUGAGCUUCCUUCCCGAGAUGAAAGGCAGAGAAUAGCUGUGAAAGACAAGUUAUUUUGGGACGACUACUUCAAAGAUUCCUCCCGUAGACUUUCCACCUUGGUAGAAGCCUUCACUUACGGAGAUGACAUCGCUAGGUUAUGCGGAAUAUUUCCUGAUUAUUGGAGGAUGCUCAAAAGAAAUCCCCGUGGAGUUAUGACGGCGAUUUUUGCUCCCUACGAUGGCAGUUGUCUUCGACUAAAUCAGCCAGAAUACCAAGAGAAGGCGUUACAGCACUUGCGGUACCAGAUGUCCGGGACAUUCUCUCCAAUACAUUUACUGCUCAUCCUCUUCAUGCGGCUGAUCUGGUUCGACUUCUGGCUGGAUGUCCUAGGCGAGAUUAAGUACAAGAUUCAGUGCGCAGGAUGGUGGAAAAAAAUACGAGAUUGUCGACCCAUACGUUUCUUAGAUUGGUGCUGGCAGGCUCCUAAGAGAUGGCUCUUUGAUUGUAAAACAAGAGCCUAACAAUUUACCAACCUUAACCGAAAACAUUUAUACUAGAGUGCUUACUUACGAACACUCCUCGGUUGUUGUAUAUUUCGAGUGCUUUUAAACUACAGCGUUGGUAGGAUUUGUUAAGAGGGUCGCGCAAGGGGUUUUCUGAGGCGUACUUGCCCAGGCUACCGUGAAACGACUGAUAAUUA